GUUUGGGGGUUGCUUCCGUUACUAACCACUUCCUCUUAUGUACUUGGAAGGCGGGUCUACGUUCUUUUUUGUUCAAGGUUUUAAAGCUUUGCGGCCAUUAUUUUUCUAGUUUGUGCCAGUUUUGCGCGAGGGAUCCCUCAAAAUGGUGAAAUUGUUUGUUGGAAACCUGCCACCAAAAGCAACAGAAGAUGAUCUCAGGAGUUUAUUUGAAAAGUAUGGGAAGGUAUCAGAGUGUGACAUCAUCAAAAACUAUGGCUUUGUACACAUGAAAGACAAAAGGGAUGCUGAUGAAGCUAUUAAAGGCCUGAAUCGGUACAAACUUCAUGGUGUUAACAUCAAUGUAGAAGCUAGCAAGAGCAAACCAAAAACGUCGACCAAGCUACACGUUGGAAAUGUUAGCAAGUCCUGCAGUGUGGAAGAGCUGCAAGCAAAAUUCGAGGAGUACGGCCCUGUAAUAGAAUGUGAUAUUAUAAAGGAUUAUGCGUUUGUGCACCUGGAAAGAUCCGAAGAUGCAAUAGAGGCAAUCAAAGGCCUUGACAACACAGAAUUCAAAGGCAAAAAACUUCGUGUACAGUUGUCCACGAGUCGACUUCGGACUACACCAGGGAUGGGCGACAAGACCGGCUGCUAUCGGUGUGGAAAAGAUGGGCACUGGUCCAAAGAGUGUCCCAUGUAUCAAAAAGACGGAACUAGCUCUGUGGGCCAGUCUGCCAGCUACUCUUCCAGCUCUAAUGAUCGUAUUCCAACUGUCAGACCUUCUCCAUACCAGUCUGUGUAUGGAGAUGAUCCCUUUUAUGAUGGGCAUGACAGAGUCCGUAUUUCUGAUUAUUAUGAGAGAUUUCGUGUGAGGCCAUAUGAUUCUGAAUAUGAAUUGUAUUCACAGCGACGGUUAAACCCCUAUGAGGUGUCUCAGUCUGCAACGUUGAGACAGCUCUCUUCUAACCUUGGCCUUUAUGAGAGAAGGCGUUUGCCUCCCCCUGUCACAUCCAGUCAUUACGAGCGGGACAGGAGUCCCUUGCGUUCCCAGUCAAGUUUGAGUACUACCAGAGAAAAUGGCUACGUUUUGGAACGCACUCGUCUUUCUCCGAUCCCGUCGGUGUCCAGGAGUUCUCUCUAUGAUUUGCCACGCUCUUAUUUGGAACGGUCGUUGUAUUAGCUCUUCAAGGUGAGCUUAUUGCAGGUUAAACUGUUUGCGUGCUGAUCUUCUGUUAAUUUUUCGCGAGCGUUCGUUUGUAAGCCACGCGAAUUGCAUCCACCUGCUGUUCUGUCUGAAACAUGAUUUUGCGUGAAUUUUUAAAUGGACAUUUAAGCAUUUUGGAGAGUCUAGAUUCAGUUUUCUACAGACUUUGCAAAGGAGGUUUUCCCCUCACAUCACUGCUGAAUCUUGUGUACACAUUUGGCAGGAAAAAUUUUGUUGCCAUAAAUUGAUUAAACUUGUUGAAUUUCAAAACCUACUUACCUUCUGCAAGAUUCUGUUUUUAAGUGGGAGUGGGUGAGCAUUUAGCUUUGCCUGCAAUUGCAUUUUAAUGUGUAUUCUUGGGAUAAAAAAAUGCAUUAUUGUAAAGUUUGAAUAUAUUGUACGUUUUAUCUUAAAACAGGGUUAGAGAUUGUCUUAAAAUUAGUCUAUUUCAGCUUCCUUCUGUUGGCAACAGAAUAAAAGUCUUUUGAAAUUGAUUUUUUUGUGCCUUUAAAUCAAGCUUCCAUUGCUUUGAAAUGCAAGCAUUUAUUUUGUAGCAUUUUCAUGUAAAACCGGUUCAAGCUUAAUGCCUGAAGCACAAAGACAAGUAGGUAAUAAAAUUUCAUUAUAAACAGUUUUCUUACUUAAGUCUGGGAUGCAAAGAAGUUGCAAUUUGAAGUUGACAGAUUCAUUGCUGUUAAAUUUAUGUAUUACUUUAAGCAGACUUGACCAAAAGAUGUAUCUACCCCACCCUCACUUUUGGGCUACAAUAAAUGUAUCCAUUUCUGUUUCAGCCACA